CGCUUCCGGUCGGCGGGACUCGGCGCGCCCGAAGGCGGUCGCUAGCUGUGGUGGUCGCGAUGGGGAAGUCAGAUUUUCUCACUCCCAAGGCCAUCGCCAACAGAAUCAAAUCCAAAGGGCUUCAGAAGUUGCGAUGGUAUUGCCAGAUGUGCCAGAAGCAGUGCCGGGACGAGAAUGGCUUCAAGUGUCAUUGUAUGUCUGAAUCUCAUCAGAGACAACUGUUGCUGGCUUCAGAAAAUCCUCAACAGUUUAUGGAUUAUUUUUCAGAGGAGUUCAGAAAUGACUUUCUAGAACUUCUCAGGAGACGCUUUGGUACCAAGAGAGUGCAUAACAACAUCGUCUACAAUGAGUACAUCAGCCACCGCGAGCACAUCCACAUGAAUGCCACUCAGUGGGAAACACUGACGGACUUUACCAAGUGGCUGGGCAGGGAAGGCUUGUGCAAAGUGGAUGAGACACCAAAAGGCUGGUACAUUCAGUACAUAGACAGGGACCCAGAAACUAUUCGGCGGCAACUGGAGCUAGAGAAAAAGAAGAAGCAGGACCUUGAUGAUGAAGAAAAAACUGCCAAGUUUAUUGAAGAGCAAGUGAGACGAGGUCUGGAAGGGAAAGAGCAGGAGACCCCUGUUUUCACGGAAUUAAGCAGAGAAAAUGAUGAAGAGAAAGUUACAUUUAAUCUGAAUAAAGGAGCAUGCAGUUCAGCAGGGACAUCUUCCAAAUCCAGUUCCUUGGGGCCAAGUGCCCUGAAAACGUUAGGGAGUGCAGCGUCGGUAAAGCGAAAAGACUCUUCCCAGAGCUCAGCGCAGGCUAAAGAAAAGAAGAAAAAGAAAUCUGCACUGGAUGAAAUCAUGGAGAUCGAAGAGGAAAAGAAAAGAACAUCCCGAACUGACCACUGGCUGCAGCCCGAAAUCAUUGUAAAGAUUAUAACCAAAAAACUUGGAGAUAAAUAUCAUAAGAAAAAGGCUAUUGUUAAGGAAGUAAUUGACAAGUAUACAGCUGUUGUAAAGAUGAUUGAUUCUGGAGAUAAGCUGAAACUUGACCAGACUCAUUUAGAGACAGUAAUUCCGGCACCAGGAAAAAGAAUUCUAGUUUUAAAUGGAGGCUACAGAGGCAAUGAAGCCACGCUGGAAUCCAUCAAUGAGAAGACCUUCUCAGCCACCAUCACCAUCGAGACUGGGCCUUUAAAAGGACGGAGAGUUGAAGGAAUUCAAUAUGAAGACAUAUCUAAACUUGCCUGAUUGAAAAAUUUGUUAACAAUACAUUAAAAUAACUCUAAAGCAUCAAAUUGAUGUUUGCCAAAGCAUUGUGAGACUCUACUGUGUUAGGGUAUUUCUUUUGUAUAAAACAAAUGGUUUUAUUUAAAUAUUACUGUAUAUUUGUGUAAAGUUAUAGAAAAAUUUAAUUAUGUCUCCUGAAGUAACAAAACUGUAAAUUUUGUCCUUGUUGCUUUUUUUUGUAAUAGUUCCUUGAUGAUUUUCUAUCUUCAUUAAAGAAUAUUGUAAAGUGUUUUAUA